CGUGUACCAGACCCCCAAAAAAUAGAUAAAUUCCUUCAGCCGGAGAUUUAUUAACAGCGUCACCGCCGUCGGACGAUAGACGAAUGACAGCUUGCAGCUGCAGGUCCUUUUUAAGGUGGCCACUUACCAAUUACCAACAUUUACAGAGAUGUUUUUCUUCUUGCGGUUUUAAAUAUAACUUGGGGAAGCAUAUUGAAGGAGUUUUGCGUGUUGCCAUGGACCGGAAAAAGCAGAAAAUGGUUGCCAAAACAUGGAGACAUGUUUCUACUCAAUCAAGGUCUAAUGAAGUUCUAGGUGAUGAGAAGCAUAACAUUGGAGGUCAAGUGCAAGAAGUUAAAUGCACCGUCUCUUCCUAUGAGUCAACAGUUUUGGCAGAGGACAGUGGAGCUGAAGUAGUAAAUGAUGAUGAACCACUUUCAGCAGCUCAGAAGCAUUCAGUUACAUUCGAGGCAGGGGCUUCCUUGAUGCGUUUCAUCAGAGGGAAAGGAGGUGCAACACAGAGGACAAUUGAAAAGGAAAUGGGAGUUCAAAUCAUACUUCCAUUAUCGCGGAAAGAGGAUUGUCUAAUCAUAGAAGGAAAUUCUGCUGAAAGUGUGGCAAGAGCAUCAGAUAGAGUCCAAGCCAUAAUUGAUGAGGCAGUUAAAAGCCGGAAUCUUGACUACUCUCACUUUGUAUCACUUCCAUUGGCCAUACACCCUGAACUGGUCAAGAAGCUCAUCAACUUUCAGAACUCGAUUCUUGGAAUUACCGAAGUUAAUCAAGAUGAAAAUUUGGAAUGUGAUUCAAGUGGUAACACUUCUGAUUCGGAAGGUGAGGAGCAGGACUUGAGUAAACCACGGGUUGCAGUGGAAGUCAAGACUGAAGAUUCUAAUGAUCAUGUUAAAGUGGAUAUAACCAACAUGCCACUCGUGAGUUACUCGCCUAAAGUGUCCAAGUCCUCUAUUUCAGAAUCAAAGGCUUCUAAACUGUUAGGUUUGGAAAUUGAGAAGUCCAUCUUUAUUAAUCCAAAAACAUUCCACUUGACUGUGCUCAUGCUGAAGCUUUGGAAUAAGGACCGAAUUGAAGCUGCUUCUGAGGUUUUGCGGACUGUCUCACCAAAAGUAAUUGAUGCUUUGGAGAGCCAACCCGUGUCUAUAAGACUGAAGGGUUUGGUAAGUCUUUAUUCAAGUUAUACAAUUAUGGACUUCAGGCUGCUAUAGGUGACAACCAUUGCACUUAAUCUUUAUGAUCCUUCUUUUUCAAGUUUACUCAUUAUAAUCUUUCACUUGUCUGUGAACAUAAGGUAAUGAACUCAGUAAGGUGUUACUGGAAUAUUUUAUUGUCCUAGGUGGCUAGGUUAUAUCAUCUCUUAAGCGGAGCUAAUUUUAUUUGUACACUGAGCUGGUUAGCAUGACAGUUUAACUGGCAUGGUAACCCUUUCCUUGAACUUUGACUGUGGAAUUUGCUUUAUCUGCUUGCUAUCAAUCUCUGGGUGAAUCUUCUGUUACUAAUUGGCAUAAGAAAUAUAGGUUAACACCAAGAAGUGGGUAACCUAUUAUUGAUUGGCAUAAAAAGUUUAGACUAGCGUCUGUAGAAACCCUUAAACCUUUACUGAAGUUUCAAGUAAGUCCUGUUUAAAAAUAUCAUUCACGGCAUGAUAAGAAAGGCGGCGAGAGAGGUGCUAGGGGUCUCGAAGGGUUA